AUGGCUUCCAGCAGAGGCGUCUCCAAUAAAAAUGCCAAGAGUACAAUUCUCGCUGUGGCUCUGACUACCGCAGCUACGACGCUCCACCUUCGGUGCAAUGUCGCUUUAGGAGCUAAGUCGCGGGCAUAUGUUGUCGACGAGGAAGGAGCGUUUCUGAAUGCAGAUCCCGACUUCCUCUCUAAAGACGAAGUCACGAGACUCCACCGUUUGGGCUUGGAUAUGGGCUUUCAUAAUGCAGGCACGUCCAGCGAUGAACCUGCCGGAAGAAUAACGAUUCUGCCACUGGAAGCUGGGAAGGUACGUCCAUUGAGUGUGUGAGGCACCUCUUCUGACCUAGCAUUAUCGACGACUGUGGUAAGAGCAAGAUGUAGCAGCACUUCUGCCCUUCGAUUUCUUGCAUGGAUUUAACAUGCAUAGAUUAGUUAAGUAAAUUGAGCUAUACAACUUUUGCUUUUGAUUUUGAUCCAUCAUCGCGUCUCACCUUUUCAUUUUGAAGUACAAGUACCUCUCCGCAUGCAUCAGGUUGUCUCCUACGCUACUGCAGAGGGCGACGUGGAGUUUGAGAGCUCCGACGUCAUUUUCGGACAGGAGGAGGACUCGAAAUUGAUGGAAACGCUGUUGGCCCGGUCUACAAGCGAGGGUUUUUCGAAGCAUCUGGGUAAAGGGUGGAACAAAACCGUUGUUUAAGGGUAGUUUUUUACUAAAUCCCAUGUGGACUUCUAUGCUGAGUGAAAUACCCCUGAAGAUCUGAAGGGGAAAGGGAAACUAAAGGGCAAAGAGGGCAACCCACUCGACGCGGGAUAGUGAAAAACUCCCUGUAAGUUAUGCCAGACGCAGAAUUGCGUAUCCGUAAACCGCUUUACCCUCCGCACGGCCGCGAGGAUGCGCAUCUCGAUAUGCAUCUGGCGCCCCAUGUGGUCGGAACGUCGCUAUUUGUACUCAAAGGAGGAUCGUCGAAUGAGGGAGACGAAGGGCAGGAGGGGGUAUAGCAAUUAUUUGAUGAAUACUCAGAUAACCUGACAUCAGAGGAUAUGUGACUUUAUGUUUCAUACGGAACGGGUUGUAGAGCUGAUGAAAUUUUUUAAGCAGUCCAGAAUAUUUGAAACACAAAACUGAAGAACGAACAAAGUACGACCUUCCUAAGCGUACUUUUUUCGCCUAAAAGUCCAUCACCAAUCCAGGAGACGCACUUGCGUCGUGAGGGAAGUGGCAAGAAGCAGUCCUCGUAUGCCUGGCUGCAGGAGAGCGGGCAGAAAAAGGGUCCAUUUCUAGUAUUUCCUUGUGUGGAAACCGAGGAAUUUGAGCCAAAAGAGUGGAACAAGCGACGAAAGAUUUGUGAAACGGCAUAUCAUACUAUGGAUGGCGCACACUCGAAACUAUUGGAACGUCUUCGUUACGGAAUCAACCACGAGUCGGAACACUCCCGAUUGAAGUACAUUUUGUUGUGAUUUGAUAUUGAUUUUCGAUGACGGCAAAGAACAAGAAGUGAUUUUGGCUGAUAAAGUUACUUCUUCCGGCGCAUGCAAUUUCAAAUUUGAUUACAAGUUACACCACUUCUUAGGUCCCUAAUCGUCUUUCCCCAAGCAACGAGAACUGCAGUCAUACGGACAUCGUUUUCCACCUACUUUUAGACUUUGUUGUUCUUCACCGUUCUUUCCCACGACCCAGGUACAUGGAAGCUCAUCCCGAACUUGGCAUGUUCCACAACGUUUUCACGGAGGAGGAGGAUUCUGGACUGCGCCGUUGGAAUUGGCGUUGGUCGGUGAGCGAAGAGGGCAAUUUGAACCAGCACAUGCAUCGCGAUGGCCUGUACAAAGUGGUGGCUGCGAUGUGUGACCAGACCGUGAAAUACGAUGAGGAGAGUGCUGGUACGGACGAGGAAGGCGAACAAGCUGGGAAGAAGAUUGGAUCUGCGAGUAAGAAGGACCAUGGACGCGCUGCGGAUAAGAACAAAGACCAUGAUCAUGAUGAUCUCGACGAUUUGGAUGACGACAGUGCUGAGCAGGCUUCCGUUUCGGCAGCAGCGGGUAAGGAUUCUGAACAAUCAACAGAGGACGAAGAGAAUACUAAAACGACCGCGAUGAAAGCUACUACCACUGUCGAGGAUCCUAGUAUGGCCAAGGGGCUCAAGAUUCCUCUGCGUGCUGGCACCGCAGUGCACUUUCGGUCCCAGCGCGUUUUGUCGGGAAAGCGUGCGCCGGUCGUGGAGCGAAUGGGCUGGCACGCCAUUUGUGCUUCAGCACCGAACAAGUUAAGCCGAAGAGUUUAUAAUUGUGAUUGUGUAUUUGAUGUAGCCGGUUAUGGGGCGAAUGGGCUGGCACAGUUUGUGUAUUUCAAAUUUUGCCGUAGAGGAAUUCAUCUUUCUAGGCGUAGUCGUUCUUUCUACCCCGUCCAUUGUCUUAGUCCUCUCUUUCACUUCGAAAUCCAUCUCACACAACUCUUAUAAACACAACUACUCUCUCUACUCUUGUAAACACAAUUCUUUCAUGAUGCAAAGGCGCCAAGAGCGCUUUGAAGCUUGAGAUCGCUGAGCUGAAGCACAUUGUUCGACCAGAAAUUCGCACGGAGUGGAAGGCGAAGCUGCCACGCGUCUCCAGCGUUAAGGUCAGCUUUUAUCCAUCUUUCUCGGCAUCUUAGUACCCUUUUCCCUUGUAUUCGCAAGAAAUACACGGUAAAAGGGGCCAAGAUGAGGGGACCGAGAUGCAUUCUAGUACACUCUAAAAGCCGCGACAAGAAGAAAAAGGCGCCAGUCGAUGAUACCCCGGAUGAUGAAGAUGAUAAGGAUGAGUUGUUUCAGUAAGUCAGGAAAGUCAAUUCGAUAAUUUACAACAUGCUUAGUUAGAAAUAGAAAUGCAAUCAUAUUAGUCAGAAAUAGAAAUACUUAUACUUCUAGUUUUUCUUUUUACUUGAUUUUUUUUAGUCGUUUCGAAGACAUCGAAGAUGGUCGUACUACUUUGGAGAUUUACAGAAGUUUCGAGUUUUUUUGAAGAUUAGUGUCGUCAUUCAUACUUCUUUCACGAACAGUCUUGUCAUAGAAUGUGGCAAAAGAUGCAACGAAUAGAAGUUGUGCUGCAGUGUAAUGUAAGUGAAUCCUCUCUGGGACUUUUCUCGGACGAUCCCCGAGAAGGAAGAAGUCAGCGUCAAGACCAAGAGUAUAGAUACAUAAUGUCAGCAAAGUUUUAGAGUCCCUAAAGAUACGGACCGCCAAACCUUGCCUCCUCUCUUUCAGAGGGACCCGGUACAGGUCUGACUCACCAUCCCCUCACGUAGGGUAGAUAGUUUCGAGGCCGUCUCCAUAGACACACCGUUCGUCACUAUUUUGUUUUGCUGGCAGUGGAGUAGUACUGUCUAAGACACAAAUGAAUGAAUGAGCACUCACUCCAUCGAUUGACUUUUGUUUUUCUUAAAUAUACUUUUGGGAUCAAAAUGAACGCAGUCAAUAGAUCAGUCUAGCAAUGUAUGUAUGAGAGAGGUGGUUGCGGGAGAAGCUGUAUAAUUUUGCGUUAUUGAACUUUGAAUCCAUUUUCGCAUGAAUGACACAACGAAAUCUAAUUCUUGUCUGGUAUUUGUCUUCUUGUAACAUGAUGAUGGCACCAAUAUGAUUGCCUUGCAUGCAAAAUGUUCUGCUCGGCGUUUCCAAGAAGAGUUUUUCUUGAGUGAAAUGAACAAGUAGUUGCAAUAGAAAUGUAGGCUAGUAGAACUAAUUGGGACACCUCCAUGAUGAUGAUUGAAAUUUUUAGAAGCAACGAGAAGAAAUAUCUGGCAGCAGAGGGUGGCC